AUGCCCUCAGGUCCCACACCUUGCCCACACCCCGGGUCCAGAGUCUGCCCUGGAUUAUCUGGAAGUCGCAUCUCCAUUUGUGCCUCGUGCAUCCACCCUGGUUCCCCAGAAGCCCAGGAGCACGUUCAUCUCCCAACGCCAACCCCACCAUCUGCUCACUGUCAUCUGUGGUCCUUUAUGACAUAUACCUACGCAUUCACAUCCUUUAUCCUUACGAUUGCCCAGCGAGGUAGGUUUAAGAGCUCAAGAGAAGCCUACUGUGCCUACUCCAUCAUCCUCAUGGCGCUCUUCUGGUGCACCGAGGCUCUGCCCCUGGCUGUCACCGCCCUCUUCCCCAUCAUCCUGUACCCCAUGAUGGGCAUAAUGGAUGCCUCCGAGGUGUGCAUCGAGUACUUUAAGGACACCAACAUCCUGUUCGUCGGGGGGUUGCUCGUGGCCAUCGCUGUGGAGCACUGGAAUCUGCACAAACGCAUUGCCCUCCGCGUGCUCCUCAUCAUCGGGGUGCGGCCUGCCCUGCUGCUGUUGGGCUUCAUGUUGGUCACGGCCUUCCUGUCCAUGUGGAUCAGCAACACAGCCACCACGGCCAUGAUGGUGCCCAUCGCACAUGCUGUUCUGGAACAGCUGUACAAGACGCCCACAAGCAAGGAUGUAGAGGAGGGCAGCGACAACCCCACCUUUGAGCUCCAGGAACCAAGUCCCCAGAAGGACGUGACCAAGCUUGAUAAUGGGCAGGUCCACCCUGUCCCGCCUGCUUCUUCAGAGCCGAAGGCACAGAAGGACAGGCAGCGGGUCCGCUUUAGCCAGGGCAUGAGCCUGUGUGUGUGCUACUCGGCCAGCAUCGGGGGCAUCGCCACGCUCACCGGCACCACCCCCAACCUGGUGCUGCAAGGCCAGGUCAACUCGCUCUUCCCCGAAAAUGGCAACGUGGUGAACUUCGCCUCCUGGUUCGGCUUUGCCUUCCCCACCAUGGUCAUCUUGCUGCUGCUUGCCUGGCUGUGGCUGCAGGUGCUCUUCCUGGGGUUCAACUUCCUGAAGAACUUUGGCUUUGGCGGACACGAGCGGGAGCAAGAGCAGGCAGCCUUCCACAUCAUCCGAACAGAACACAAGCUACUGGGCCCCAUGAGCUUUGCAGAGAAGGCUGUCUCUGUCCUCUUUGUCAUCUUGGUGGUGCUAUGGUUCACUCGGGAGCCCGGCUUUUUCCUUGGCUGGGGCAACCUGGCUUUUCCCGACAAGGAUGGGAAAAGCAUGGCGUCCGAUGGGACAGUGGCCAUCUUCAUUGGCAUAAUUAUGUUCUUGGUGCCCUCCAAGAUCCCAGGGCUGACUCAGGAUCCAGACAAACCAGGGAGGCUGAAGGCCCCUCCUGCCCUCCUCAACUGGAAGACAGUGAAUGAGAAGAUGCCCUGGAAUAUCGUCUUCCUUCUGGGUGGUGGCUUUGCCCUAGCCAAGGGCAGUGAGAAAUCAGGACUGUCCGAGUGGCUGGGGGACAAGCUGACCCCGCUACAGAAUGUGCCACCUCCCGCCAUUGCCUUCAUCCUCUGCCUGCUGAUUGCCACCUUCACUGAGUGCACCAGCAACGUGGCCACCACCACACUUUUCCUGCCCAUUCUGGCCUCCAUGUCCCAGGCCAUCUGCCUCCACCCUCUCUAUGUCAUGCUCCCCUGCACGCUGUCUGCCUCCCUGGCCUUCAUGCUGCCUGUGGCCACCCCACCCAACGCCAUAGUCUUCUCUUUCGGAGGCCUCAAGGUGUCUGAUAUGGCCCGAACGGGAUUCCUGCUCAACAUCAUCGGAGUGCUGGUCAUCACGCUGGCCAUCAACAGCUGGAGCUUCCCCAUCUUCAGCCUGUACACCUUCCCCUCCUGGGCCUACUCCAACACCACAGCCAACUGCAUGGUCAACCAGGCAAACACCACAACAGCUCGCCCCUAG